AAACAACACUAAUUUGCACAAAUCCAAUAUUCAGUCUCAUUUCUAUGUAUCUUCCUUUCAGCUCUCUUGAGAUGGCUUUUCAACUCCUUCUUUCGCUUCUUUGUCUUAGUCAGCUUAUUUCCUUCCAGGCCAAUGCCCAGCAAGAUCCUACAAGUGGGUUUACCGCCGUUUCUCUGUCUCAAUCAAAUUUCGAGCUGCAAAAGCCCUAUGAUAAGUCUCCAAACGAACGAUACAGUUUCAAUAAUGGCGAACACAGACUGUGGGUGUUUGCCACAGACAAGCCUCAUACUCCAAGUAGCAAUACUAAGCCACGCACAGAGAUCCGAAUUCGAGGCUAUGAUUACUCCUCUGGGGUUUGGCAAUUUGAGGGGCAAGCAUAUGUCCCAAGCGGAACAACCGGUACAUCCAUCAUGCAAAUAUUCGGUGGUACAUCUCGUGCUACGACCAUAAUGCUCCGAGUAUACACCGGCUCGCUCACGGUUUACAGGAAUCCGGUGGUGUUGUCAAACAUGUACAACAGAUGGUUCAAAGUGAACGUAAUCCAUGAUGUGGGUGCAUCGAAUGUGAAGGUUUAUAUUGAUGGAGUCCUAAGAUAUCAAGGAUCCGGUGAUGGAGGAAGCCAUCAUUAUUUCAAAUUUGGAGUUUAUGCACAAAAUGAUGAAUCCAAUUACAUGGAGUCUCGUUGGAGGGGAAUCAGGGUUCUCAGAAGGAAUUGAUGGUUACUAUAAUUUAGCCCUUUAGGUUUUCCCAAUGGGUAAAAAUGGCCAAAUUUCAUAUAUUACUGCUAAAUAAUGGUCAAAUAGGUAUGUUUUCUAUGGUAUUAAUGUCGUCUUGAUGGUCUGAAGACAAAGGUUGACGUUUACUUUAUUCAUGGAAUAAAGAAUACUCUUUUUAU